AUCUGCCUAGCGCAGCAUUGCUCGCGAGAUCCUGGAAGGUGCUGGUCGCGGAUGAUUUUCUCUCCUGCUGCGCCGCGGUUAAAAAUGAGCUUCGCAAAUAAACGACAAGAAGUGGACCUUCCGAUUUCUGACCGAAUUGGUUGCCUUGUUUCAAGCAAUGACUCUCAUAAAAAUGACUCCGAGAUGCCAUCUGAAUGUGACGAGUCAGGCUUUGCUUCAAAAAUACCCCACCAAAGCGCCAGAGAGGACUCAAGUAAAUUGAAAUGUGAGUUUUGCAACACGAAAUUCAAUCCCACGGCGAUGAAAAGCUUUUUAAGUCACUUGACCAAAACCAAGUGCCAAUCGUGCUCGGAAGAAUUUGACUGCCUCAAUAAAUUGUCCACUCACCGGCGAUGGCACUGCCGUAAUUUUGAUGAAAACAGACCACGACGUAAAUAUCAAAACAAAAAACAGUGGUGCGAUUUGUGCUCGCGAUAUUUAAUCUGCAGGCGCAAAUAUUUGCAAGAGGAGCACAAAAUGGAGAGAAAGUGUAAGAAAUGCAAUUUAACCUUUGCCUGUUGCGGACUUGCCACUGCGCACAAAUCGAAUUGCGAGGGUGGAGAAAAGAAGAAAAAGCUGAGCAGCAUCCCGAAGGAACAAAAUUCUUGUACUCACUGCAAGAAAAUUUACAAAAGCGAAAGAUUGCAUUUUGAAGAAAAAUCCCGAUCGUGCCAGAAUUGCGGCGAAAAAUUCGAUUGCGGCGGUUUGCGCUCGCAACACGAAGCAAACUGCUUAAUCAGUUGCACAUUUUGCGGCCAACUUUUGACGAAACAAACCCAAGAAACGCACAAAAGAGAGAGGCGCUGCGCGAAUUGCUCCCACGUCAGCCAGUGUUUCAACCUUUUCAGCCAACACGAGUGCUCGGAAGCAAGCGACGCAGAAAUGGAAGUUCCAAAAGAGCCUGAAGAAAAAAGUGUUGAUACGGAUAUUAAAAUCGUAAAAAUCGGAUCGGUCAAUUCGAAGGGAUUUUACGAGGAACCGGUGAAGCCACUUGUGCUGAAAAAGUGCCAGUUUUGCCAAAUUAUAUGCAACUCGGAGGAAAAUUUUGAGUGUCACACGCGGGAGACCGACUGUCCCCGGUGCGGAUUCGCGCAACCGUGCAACACCCUUUUGGCCCAUCACUUGGACUUGUGUCGUUUUGAGAAGGAAAAGGCCGAGGUGUUUCGAUGCGGCGAGUGCGACAAGGUUUUCGAGAAGAAAGGCAAACUGGAGUCGCACAAGCGGCGCCGGCACACGCGGUCGAGAAUUAACGCCGAGGCAAUUUUGGCCAUGAUGGUGGAGAAAAAAUUGAGUGAGGCGCAGAGAUUUUUUGUUGGCGCUUCAUUUGUCAAGCAUGAAACGAUUGAUAUUUCUUAAUUAAUUCUCAAAGUGAAAAAAGCAAACUCCAUUAAUAUUACAUAAGGAUCAAAAUGCAAAUGAUAAUACGAUUAGUUUAAAAAAUGACUAAAAUUACUACAAAUUGUAAAACGUUUCAAGGUAAAAAAAAAAGGAAAAUUGCUGUUUUGCGAGUAAAGAUUGGUUUUAAAAUUAAAUAAUUAAGCUGUUUAGAUAUAAAAAAUAUAAUUAUGAUUAAAUCAUUGUAAUUUUGGUUUAAACUUUCGAGUAAAUGCAAAUUUUUAUACAUUUAUUUAGUAAACAUUAUUGUGAAAGUGCUAUUUUAUAUUUAGUGUGUUGGUGUUCAAUAAUUUCCACAUUUUCUUGAUAAUAUCAGCUAAAAAUUUCAGAUUAAUGUGCUGUACUUUUUAAUUUAAUAAAAAAAAAG